AUGAACAGGAUCGCUCCCGGCCCCGCCGCCCCUGAUACGCGGCCCCGCCGCCCCAGCGCUCCCGGCCCCGCCGCCCCUGAUACGCGGCCCCGCCGCCCCAGCACUCCCGGCCCCGCCGCCCGUGCUACGCGGCCCCGCCGCCCCUGGUCUCGCGGCCCCGCCGCCCCUGGUCUCACGGCCCCGCCGCCCUUGAUUAGCGGCCCCGCCGCCCAGCGCUUCCGGCCCCGCCGCCCCAGCGCUCCCGGCCCCGCCGCCCCUGAUACGCGGCCCAGCCGCCCCAGCGCUCCCGGCCCCACCGCCCGUGCUACGCGGCCCCGCCGCCCCUGGUCUCGCGGCCCCGCCGCCCCAGCACUCACGGCCCCGCCGCCCCUUGCUCUCGCGCCGCCCAACUGCAGCAGCCGAGCCGCCCAACUGCAGCAGCCGAGCCGCCCACCUGCAGCAGCCGAGCCGCCAACUGCAGCAGCCGAGCCGCCGGACCGCCAAGCAGCAGUGCAGCCGAGCCGCCCUGCACCCAAGCCGCCCGGCAGCCGCGCCGCCCCGCCCGAGCCGCCCUACCGCCGAGCCGCCUGGGAGCCGAGCCGCCCGGGAGCCGAGUCGCUGAGUAGCCGAGCCGCCUUUCUACCGAGCCGCCCGACCUGCCCUGCCCGUGUCCUCGCUUUUGAUGCUGAGGGUCAAGCCAUAGACUUCGAGGUCUGGCUCGACGACCUGGAGCUGUUUUUACAGUGCGAUAGGGCGGACGGUCUGUCUCUCUUUGACCUCACCUCUGGCGCCGUCCCUCCCCUUGCUGCUGAUGCUGACGCCACUGUUCGCUCACAGUGGGCCACGCGCGAUGCUGCUGCACGUCUUGCUUUUGCGCGCUACUCCUCCCCUGCCACUGCUGCACUGAGCCGCCUCAUGCUCCCCUUCCUCUUCCCUGACCUUGCCGCCUUUCCCACUGUCGCUGAUCUCAUCACGCACCUCCGCACUAGUGACACUCGCUACCGCGCUGCGCUUCCUGCUGACUUCUGCGCAAAGAACCCCCCCCCCAUGUACAUCAUUCUCUACUUCUUAGUCACUCGCCUCCCUGACUCCCUUCGUGUAGUCCGGGACCACUUCCUCGCAGUCUGUCCCACCACCCUCACAGUCGACAGCCUAGAGAAGACCCUCCUUGCAGUAGAGAAGAGCAUAGUUGCUGUAGGAGCCUCUCGAGGUGACCCCCGCGCCCCCAUCUUUGAGGGGUGUUCUCCUUCCCCUCUCCUGCCCUCUGUCGCCUCUUCCGCUGCGGCCGACCUCGUUGGUCUUGAGUCGGUCGGUGCGGCGUCUGCCCCUAGCGGGAGACGCCGCUCUGGCAAGGGCAAGGGGGGAAAGGGAGCGGGUGGGGCCAGUAGGGGCGGUGGAGGUGGAGGUGGAGGCGGCGGAGGGAGUGGGGGUGGCGGUGGAGGUGGUAGCGGGGGUGGGGGUGCUAGUGGCGGCAGUGGAGGGGGGGGUGGCGGUGGCGGUGGCGGUGGUAGCGGAGGUGGCGGAGGUGGCGGUGGUGGAGGCGGAGGCGGGGAGGUGGAGGCGGAGGCGGGGGUGGCGGAGGUGGAGGUGGUCGGAGUGGAGCUUCGCAGCAGAGCGGCACUGGGGGAGUGUGGGGGCACCCACACCGCCCAGCGCUGCUUUGGCCGCCUGACGGACGCUUGGCGCGAGCAGUUCCCGGAGGCCGCGGAGAUCCCCCGCUGGGGAGAGCUGUCUAGGGCUGGUGUCGCUAUCUUUGAUCUUGAUUUUGAUGCUAUCCUUGCUGCCAUGUAUGCUGUGACCAUUAGUGAUGAGAGUGACUGUUACCGGUGUUUCCAGCCAGACCCGGGCAUUGGUACUACUGCUCCAGGUGCCGGUGAGGCGUCUGCUCUAGGUGCCAGUGCGUCUGUGCUCUCAGGUGCUGGUGAGGUUGCUCUCUCAGGUACUAGUGCGUCUGCGCUCUCAGUCCUCCCGUGUCCGGCGGCUCCCUCUGGCACCCUGUCUGGUCUCUACCUCCCCUCGUUCUCUACGAACUUGGUGAGUGGUGCUGACCUACAGGAUGCGGGAGUCCACCAGUUCACCCCUGCUCGUCAGCGAGUGACGCACUGCACAGAGGCUAGCACGGGUCGUCACCUGGCUACGUUUACACGUCAGCCAGGGUCGAGCCUGUACACAUUGACCACUACUUCUCCUCCAGGUGCUGAGUCUGGUAGAGUCCCUUCGUCUGGUCAGGUGUUUGCUGCAGCGUCCAGGUCUGGUCCUGAGUCUGCCCCCUGUUCGUGUCGCCGUCUGUCUCACGAGACCCUUCUCUGGCACCACCGCCUUGGCCACCCCUCUCGUCUUCUUGUGUCUGGUCUCCCCCGGUCCCUCCCUCCCCUUCCUCAUGGCCCUGGCCCUGCCUGUGUCCCCUGUGUCGAGGGGCGCCAGCGUGCUGCCCCUCACUCCUCCCAGUUUCCUCCGACAGAGGCUCCGUUGCAGACGCUUCACAUGGACGUGUGGGGCCCUGCCCGCGUCCGUGGACUCGGUCACGAGCGCUACUUCCUGUUGGUGGUUGACGACUACUCGCGUUACACCACAGUCUUCCCUUGCGCAGCAAGGGUGAUGUCACUGAGGUGCUGA